AAAAAAAAAUGGACACAAAAAUCGGCGGCCUUCGAGUGUAGAUUCUGACUGAAGAUGGGCAGACAUUUCUCCCCGUCCGCUACACCAAUGGCGACGCGACAAGUGUCCAGCUCCCCCCCUCCCUGCCCCCGCCUCAUUCGAGCCUCCGCUUCCGUCAAGCCUAGUUCUAACAUGCGCCUGGUCACAUCGCCUACCAAACCUGCGCCUUUUUCAAAUAUACACUCUCUCUAAUUCAAAGCAAACACUGCCUUCGCGUGCAAUUUCAGGGGAAAGAGUCGAUGGUGAUUAAACUGCUGCUUUUGUCAUCUCUUUUGUUGACCAGCAUAAGCAGUGGGCGUGCUGGUCUGACCAGUGCCUUUAUCCGUAAUGAGUGGCCAUCUAUCGAUAUUCCUCUCAACAAUGAAGUUUUUGCAGUUCCCAAAGGUUACAAUGCUCCACACCAAGUGCACAUUACACAGGGUGACUAUGAUGGCAAAGCUGUUAUAAUCACAUGGGUAACAGCUAAUGAACCUGGGUCCAACAUAGUUCGAUAUGGCUUGACAGAAGGAAAAUACGAUUUCACUGCCAAGGGAACAGUGCAAAACUACACCUUUUACAACUAUAAAUCUGGAUACAUUCAUCAAUGUCUAGUUGAUGGUCUUCAGUACAACACUAAGUACUACUAUGAGGUUGGAAGUGGUGAAACUUCUAGAAACUUUUCAUUUCAAACACCUCCAGCAAUUGAUCCGAAUUCUUCUUACAAAUUUGGAAUAAUUGGUGAUCUUGGUCAAACCUAUAACUCUCUUUCCACUCUUGAGCAUUGUAUGCAGACUGGUGCUCAGACUAUAUUAUUUGUUGGAGAUCUUUCUUACGCUGAUAGAUAUGACAAUCAUGACAUCGGUGUCCGCUGGGACUCUUGGGGUCAAUUUGUCGAACGGAGUGCAGCAUAUCACCCAUGGAUCUGGUCAACUGGAAAUCAUGAAAUUGAGUACUUUCCACAUCUGGGUGAGGUUAUACCUUUCAAAAAUUAUCUUCACAGGUAUCCUACACCUUUUUCUGCUAGCAAAAGCAGUAGUCCUCUGUGGUAUGCCGUGAGACGGGCAUCGGCUCACAUAAUUGUCCUCUCCAGCUACUCUCCAUUCGUGAAAUAUACUCCUCAAUGGAAAUGGCUUGAUCAAGAGCUGAAAAAAGUUGACCGGGAGAAGACUCCCUGGCUUAUUAUUCUGAUGCAUGCCCCUAUUUACAACAGCAAUCAGGCUCAUUUCUUGGAGGGUGAAAGCAUGAAAGUGGUGUUUGAGAGCUGGUUUUGUCACUAUAAAGUUGAUGUUAUCUUUGCUGGCCAUGUGCAUGCCUAUGAGAGAUCGUACCGCAUCUCAAGCAUAAAAUCAAAUGUUUCAUCCUAUCCGUCACCGGAUAAAGCAGCUCCAGUUUACAUAACCGUCGGAGAUGGAGGAAACCAGGAGGGUCUUGCUAAUAGAUUUAGAGAUCCCCAACCAGAAUAUUCUGCUUUUAGAGAAGCCAGUUAUGGGCACUCUACAUUAGAGAUAAAGAACAUAACUCACGCCUUUUAUCAUUGGAAUCGGAAUGAUGAUGGGAAAAGAGUGCCAACAGAUGCAUUCGUGCUACACAACCAGUACUGGGGAGACAGCCAUAGAAGAAGAAAACUGAAGAGAAGAUCAUAGCAAAUUUGCAACGAAGAAAUUGCGCUGCUCGAACAUUCUCAAGUCUAUAUUCAUCUGAUCGAGGUAAGUUGCUGCAGUGUGGAAACAGCAUUCUAAUAAAGAAUUGCUCUGGCGUAUGAGAUUGGUUGGAGAUUCAGAUUUAUUGUUUAUUAUGUUGAAAAUCAUUAGCUCUUGAACUACAUUCCAAACAUAUUUUUCUACAUUCGCUUCAAUUUAUUUAUAUUCUAUUUAUAUA